AAACUUAGAUUCGCCGUUUAAACACAGUCAUAAACAUAACAACCAGUGGCGGCACCGGACCUCUGGAGUUAUACAACUACUUGUUUGGUAAAAUCUGCGAUUAAUCAGUGUACGCCGAUUCAAAUGCGUUCUGUCGUCAAAUUUUAGUCAGCGUAAUACACGAAUCCAUUCCGUCUUUGCAUGCCGACUGACUAUACAUUAGUAUUCGCAAAUUAACCUCGUUCUAAAUCUAGUGCUUCUUGAGAGGGUGAUGGCGUCCAAUUCCGUGAUCGCCACCCUGAUCGUCAUGAUCUGCGUCCUGGUGGGCGUGGGCAUCGGCCUCGGGGUCUAUUACGGUGUCGACUGGGAUGACGACGACGGCGGAACGGUGCCCUUUGACGGCUUGGAAGGGAUGGAGAGAUUCGACUGCUAUCCCGAGGAUGGAGGUUCGAAAGAGGCAUGCGAGAGUCGGGGAUGCGUGUGGGGCGAGACUAAUGUUGCUGGGGCUCCGUAUUGCUACUACCAUCCUACUGAUUACGGCUACAAAAUGAUUGACGAACCCACAACGACGAAGCUUGGUUGGAAAGUUCGUUUAGGGCGGAAGAAUACACCUCAGAGGUAUGGCAUGGCUGCCGAUACUAUACAGAUAGAAAUAGAGAUGCAGACAGAUAAACGUCUUCAUUUUAAGAUAACUGAUCCUUUGACGGAACGAUUUGAAGUACCCCUCGAGAUACCUAAGCCCGCAGAACAAGCUUUGAACCCAGAAUAUGAAGUCUCCUAUACCAAGGACCCAUUUAGCCUCCAGGUCACCAGAGUCAGUACUAAUACAGUCAUCUUCAACACCUCUGUAGGUGGUUUGACUUACGAGGACCAGUUUCUACAGAUCUCCACCCUACUUCCCUCUUCCAACAUCUAUGGGUUUGGAGAGCACAACCACAGGCGAUUCCGACUUGAUCUCAAUUGGAAGACAUGGGGAAUCUUCACACGUGACGUCGCGCCUGUGGAUGCGUGGAAUUUGUAUGGUCACCAUCCCUUUUAUAUGUGUGUUGAGGACGGAGGGAACACGCACGGAGUCUUCCUGUUGAACAGCAAUGCCAUGGAUAUCGUACUUCAGCCAACACCAGCUCUUACGUAUCGGACUAUCGGAGGUGUUCUUGAUUUUUACAUCUUCACUGGACCGACUCCAGAACAGGUUAUUCAACAAUAUGGAGAGGUAAUAGGGAGGCCUGUGAUGGUUCCCUAUUGGUCGUUGGGGUUCCAGCUGAGCCGAUGGAACUAUGGGAAUUUAACACGUGUCAAGGAGGUGUGGUCAUCAAUGAUCGAAGCGGGAAUUCCAUAUGAUGUCCAAUACGGGGAUAUCGAUUACAUGGACGAGAAGAAGGAUUUUACAUACGACAAGGUCGCCUACGCAGGACUUCCAGAGUUUGUUGAUGACGUUCACGCACAUGGCCAGAAGUACAUCAUCAUAUUGGAUCAUUGCAUCAAGGUCGAAGAUGGAUACCAUGCCUAUGAGACUGGCCUCAGUCCUAAUGUGUAUGUUCUUGAUCCACAAGGUAGCGAUCCUAUUGUGGGGGAAGUAUGGCCUGGCGAUAGUGUGUAUCCGGACUUUACGAACCCUGAUGCGCAAACCUGGUGGACAACACUUUGCAAAGAUUUCCAUGACGUCAUCCCAUAUGAUGCUCUGUGGAUUGAUAUGAACGAACCUUCAAAUUUCAUACGAGGGUCAACUGCCGAAGGGGAAUGCCUCGAUAACAGAUGGAACUACCCGCCUUACUUACCCAAUCUUCUAAUUGAGGACGGAAAGAUCUUCACCAAGACUAUAUGCAUGGAUGCACAGCAUCACGCCGGAAAGCAUUACGACUUCCAUAGCCUUUAUGGCCAUACAAUGACUGAAAUGACAUUUGAAACCAUAAAGACUGUCUUUCCUGAAAAACGCAGCCUCGUCUUCACUCGAUCUUCGUUCGCUGGUACAGGGAAGUAUGGGCAACAUUGGCUUGGGGACAAUCAGAGUUUCUGGGAACACAUUUGGUGGAGUAUUGUAGGCAUGUUCGAGUUCAACAUGUUUGGCUUUCCAUAUAUCGGAGCUGAUAUCUGUGGAUUUUGGUUCAACACAACGGAAGAGAUGUGCUGGAGAUGGAUGCAAACCGGUGCUUUUUAUCCGUACGCAAGGAAUCACAACGGGGAUGGCAUGAUUCCUCAGCACCCGACCGCUUUCAGUACAGAAAUGGCAGUUAUGUCACGAGAUAUCCUGAUGCACCGUUACCGCAUGCUCCCAUACCUCUACACGCUAUUCUAUCAUGCACAUGAAGACAGUUCAACAGUCGUGCGCCCUCUGCUGAAUGAGUUUGCAUCUGACCCCAUGACCUAUGACGUAGACAGGCAAUUUUUGUGGGGACCAGCUUUUAUGAUAUCCCCUGUGCUAGAAUCGAAAACAUACAACGUUGAAGUAUACUUCCCAGAUACAAGAUGGUACGACUAUUACGAAGGUACGGAGAUGACCGAGCAACGAGGUAAAAUAUCUUUAUUACCAGCCCCUAUGGAUCGUCUUAAUCUGCAUGUAAGAGGGGGAUAUGUCCUCCCGACCCAACAGCCUGCCAAUACGACGGUUUAUAGCCGUCUGAAUCCAUUGGGACUCAUUGUCGCACUCGAUGACGGACACGAGGCUCAUGGUGACCUCUUCUGGGACGAUGGCGAGUCAAGAGAUACGUAUGAAAACGGUGUAUACACCCUGUUAGAUUUUUCUGUGUCAGAGGGUAUUCUUAGUAUGACAGUCAUGGUGGAUGGUUACACUGAUCCAAACGCAUUACGCUUUGAUGAUAUUGUUAUCUAUGGCGCUGAUAACUACGUAGAAGGAACUGACGUAACAAUAACUGCCGCUGAAACAGAAUCUACAUUGCCGGUAGACAAUGUGGAAUUUGACGACGUAAAAAACGUGCUAAAGUUAUCGGGCCUAGAUCUCGACAUGAUGACAGAUUUCACAAUCAAGUGGAUUUAAUGAAGAAAAACACUUCAUUAUUGAGCUUCUGUAGAGACAUUUCAUUUGUUUAUUGGUUGGACGAGAAUGUUUAAAGUGAUUGGUUAACAUUGGU